AUUUUUAUUUCUUAGUGGGUUUUUUUUAAACGUAUUCUGUUAAACGAAACAUUAUAAAAAGACGAAUGACAAAGUCUAUGCAGUUACCUAAUAAGACACCUCAUACUAUGGACAAUGCCAAUUGCACAGCAAACAACAUUUCUAAAAAGAAAAAGAAAAACAAGAAAAAGACCAAGAACAACAAAAUUGUUACUGACUUUUCUGCAAAGACACAGGCAGACAUGGUCGAUGCCAUCAUGAAUCACCAUGUCAUUCGUCACGGUGACCAUAUAGAAAACCAUCAUCGAUCCAACAAACCAUCUUCUUCUAAUACGGCUAAAAAGUCUAAAGAAGAAGACUCGUUUUGGUCAAGUACCAAUAAUACCGAAGAACGUCAAAAAAUUAGAGAGUUUUGGCUACAGUUAGGCGAAGAAGAAAGAAGGUCUCUUGUCAAGGUCGAAAAAGAGGCAGUCUUACGCAAGAUGAAAGAACAACAAAAACAUAGUUGCAACUGUUCUGUUUGUGGUAAAAAGAGAACUGCCAUUGAAGAUGAACUCGAAGUGCUAUAUGAUGCUUAUUAUGAAGAACUCGAACAGUAUGCUAAUCAUCAGCAACAGACGCGUGGCAAUAUGAACCCUCUGCAUGCCAGCUAUCUUCCUUCUGACCCCAUGUACGAUAAUGGUUAUGACGAUACAGAUCCUUUAGAAGACGAUGAAGAAGAAGACGAUGACGAAGAAGAAGAAGAUUUAGAGGACGAAGAAGAUUUAGAGGACGAUGUUGAAGAGGAAGACGACGACGAGGAAGAGGAAGACGACGAAGAAGAAGACGAUGACGAAGAAGAAGAGGAGGACGAAGAAGAAGAUGAAGACUUUGAAGAUGAAGAAAUCAUCUCUCGUCCUCCAGUCAAUUAUGGCGAAAGAAGUCGGUUUGAAGAAAUGGCUCAUAUUCGCCAUACAGCACUCUCCAGAGCUUCUGCUAAUGGUGACCAUUUCAGUUUCGGAAACAGCUUAACUGUGAAAGGUGGUAUUCUGACUGUUGCUGAUGAUCUGCUAAAGAACGAUGGUAAAAAGUUCUUGGAUAUGAUGGAACGUUUAGCUGAACGUCGAAUGCAAAAAGAAGACGUUACCUUGGAACAAGGUAACAAUUACUUCCAAGAGGAAGAAGACGAGGAAGAUGCUUUUGAAGACGAAGAUGAUGAAGAUACGCGUACUGAAGAACAACGUAUGGAAGAAGGUCGCCGUAUGUUUCAAAUCUUUGCUGCUCGUAUGUUUGAGCAACGCGUUCUUGCUGCCUAUCGAGAAAAAGUAGCUCAAGAGCGUCAGCAACGUUUGCUUGAAGAAUUAGAAGAAGAGGCACGUCUUCGUGAAGAACGAGAAGCAAAAAAACAAAAGGAGCGAGAAAAGAAGAAAGACAAGAAAAGGCAACUCAAACAACAACAAGAAGCUGAACGACUUGCUCGUGAAGCCAAAAAGAAAGCAGAAGAAGAAGCUGCUAAGCAUGAAAGAGCUAAAAAGCUCGAACAAGAAAGACAAAAACGUGAACAAGAACGACUUCGCAAAGAAGAAGAAAAGCGCCAACGCGAAGAAGAACGACUACGUAAAGAAGAAGAAAAGAAACGUAGAGCGAGAGAAGAGAAAGAACGUGCAGCUGAGCGUGAAAGAAAGCGUAAAGAAGAAAAAGAGCGUCUUGAGAAAGAACGUCUUGAAAAAGAAAAAGCACAGAAAGAGAAAGAACGCAUUGAGAAAGAGAAAGCAGCCAAAGCAAAGACUUCUUCCCCUCUUCUUCCUCCUCCUUCCUCUACUACGCCUGUUGAAUCAAUACCACCAGUACAGACAGAAAACACGACGAAAAAGUCACUUCCUCCUGGGAUUAUACAUCCUUCUCAUGAAGAGCCUGAAAAUCGACAACAAGUAUUGAUUGAAGCUCUUGUUGGUACUUCAAGACCUCAACCACCAGUUACCAUGCGCACUCAUCCUAUUGCCCCUCCUCCCCCUCCCCCUCCUCCUCCUUUUAUGCCACCUACUUCUCUACUUUCUCCCUCCACUACUUCACCACCCCAACUCCAUGAUCCCCCCAUGCUAGGUUUAUUUAACAACCAACGUGUGGAACCUAGCACAUCAACACGUCGUUCCAUCACACCUAUUGCACCUAUCGGUCAACCACUGACAGGUGGUCGUCGCAUGUCCUCUUUACUGAUAACAGACAAUGCAUCCAUACCUGAGCCUAUUGCUAAGCGAUCAUCGUCUAUUGCUUCUCCCUUUGAUUCAACAAGUACAGCCAUGAAUGGUGAGCCCCGUUCAUUCUUUUCAAGCUUCUUAUUUGGUGAACCACGUACAUCCAAUAAUACAAGUUUGAUGUCUUCUUUAAAUGAAUAUGAUGUACGCUUUGCUACUUCACCAUCUACAUUUGCAGACAGACGAUUUUCAAGUGAUAUUGCGCCUAAUCAGUCACAGAAUACUUGGUCAAAUGGUUGGACUGCUUCUUCUUUACUUUCAGAUAAUGUCCAUGGCAAAUUGUUUGGUGAUGCUCUGCCUGAUAGAACAACCAUGACAUUAGAAAGAGCCAAAGUAGCCUAUCAGAAACUAAAUGAGAUCACACAGUCCAAUAUAUUCCGAGGCAGUCAACAACAAUAUCACACACUGGUUCAAUUGCAUUGUAUGAUGAUUGAUCUGUAUUGUGAUUUCCAAGUGGAUAUUCGCGAGUUAUACGAUGUCUUGAUGGCUUCUCCUUCAAGUGGCUUUCAAUGUCUAAACCAUACACAGCAUGGCAUGGUUGUAUUGUAUGACCCAACACUAACCACCACCAACACCACCACCAUUACCACCGCAACCACAACAGAGUUACCACAUCAUCCAUUAAUGCAUCAUCCUUUUUCAGCACCUGCACCUGUCCCACCACCACCAAAUCAUCCUAAUAUUUUUGGAACCAUGUCCUAGUUGGUUUUUUUUUCUUUUUUUUUUUUU